GUAAAGAAGAUCCUGGUAACAUGGAUCUCGACUCAGUGAAAGAUGCAUUUGACCGAGUUGCCAAGAAGCAGAAGCUCACGGCCUCCAAAACGCAAGAUCUUGUCGACCAAGUUGGGAAGGAAAUUGAGCAGGCAAUUCUGAAGAUACAGGGUGACGCAGGCUGUUCUGACCAUGCUAUUGUUCUCACAGAGCUUAACAAUAAGCUAAAAGAAAUGGCCCCAGUGAACCAAUUAGAAGCCUACUAUAAGGAAAUCAAUGUACUUCUCGUGAAGUACAUAAAGCUCCUUGAGAAAACCUUCAAUCCAGAUAUAUCCAAGGCAUACAGAAAUGUUGACUUUGACACCCACAUAAUAAAUGAAAUCAUCGCUGCUCAUUUCUACCGCCAGGGCCUCUUCGAUCUUGGUGACUGCUUCGUUAACGAAUCAAAUGAGUCCCAGGCUGCAUCUUUGAAAUCCCAGUUCCAAGAGAUGUACUCUAUACUUGACGCAAUGAAAAGCAGUAAAAGCCUUGAAUCUGCUAUAAAUUGGGCCACCAAGAACAGUGAGCAGCUUUCCCAGGAUGGCUCUAUCCUGGAACUGAAGCUUCACCGGCUGCAGUUCAUCGAGAUACUGAAAAGGGAAGGAAGCAGAGAUGCGGCUCUGAAAUAUGCACGCAGAUACUUGGCUCGUUUCGCUUCUGUUCACAAGAUUGAGAUCCAGAAGCUGAUGGCCUGUCUCUUGUGGGCUGGACGGCUGGAUCAGUCCCCGUACUCCAACUUAAUCUCGACCGCACAUUGGGACAAUCUGAGCAAGGAGUUCACGCUCCAGUUCUGCAGCCGUUUAGGGCAGUCAUGUGAGAACCCACUUAGCGUGGUGAUAGAUGCAGGGGUGCAAGCACUUCCAACACUGCUGAAGAUGGCGAUGGUUAUGGCUUCUAAGAAGCACGAGUGGGAUAACUUGAAGCAGCUGCCGGUGCCGGUGGAACUGCGCAGGGAGUUUCAGUUCCACUCGGUGUUUGUGUGCCCUGUGCUCCGAGAACAGGGAAGUGAUGAGAACCCGCCAAUGCUUAUCCCGUGUGGGCAUGUGCUUUCAAAGCAGUCAAUUGUGAAGUUGUCGAAGAGUGGGACUCGGAUGUUCAAGUGCCCCUAUUGUCCCGCGGAGGCUGCAGUGUCGCAAUGCAGGCAGAUUCAUUUCUAGAGUCUCAAAGGUUAGGCCAAUUUCUCUGGUGCAUUUGAUUUCUUAGUUUGAACCUAGGCCUAGCUUGGUAAUCCUGUGGCUAAAAGCACGGCAAAAAAUCUAAAUGUAUUUUCAAUCUUUUCUUCUUUUAUGCUUUAAAUUAUAGUGUGAUGGUCUCUAGAAAAGCACGUAGUUUAUAUGCUUCACCAGUGGCGGAUACUUCUCCGGUGACGUUUGACACUGCAAUUUUAUAGCACUGGAUGAAGAAAGAUUGUAAGUGUUUUUGGGUUGUUUAAAGCCUUUCAAAUGCUUUUAGUCACCAUAUUACCAAACUAAGCAUUAGUUGCAUGCGAUGCAUGGACUUCUUUGUCUGUUCUAGGUACAUAAGCCGCUCUGUUCUUAGAUCCCCUCAAAUUAGGCUGAUAUUAAAUGUCGUACGGCCUUGAAAAAAAAAAAAAACAUUUCUAGUAGCAAUUGUCUCCACAAUGACAUUUGUUUGUAAACAAUUCUUGAAUGCUGCUGUAUGUGACUUCGUUCCCUGUGAGUUUGGAUGCUGCA